AGUCAUUUGCGAAUCCAGAUGGCGGAGAAAAAUGGCGGUGGCGAUCCGGAGGACGAAGAGAAAGAGAAAGAUGAUACGAAUCACGGUGCCGCUGACGGCUGUGCUCCACCGCAGAAAAAAAUCGACGACGACGAGGAGAAGAAGAAGAAGCAUUCCGAUCCCGACCUGCUGAUGUGCCUGCUCCAACCUUGCCCCGCAGACUCCGAUCCCGAAUACAUCGGCAUUCGCCGCCUUCUCCUCUCCCGCAAGUCGCCGUCCUCCAUUGAUCGCCGCCUCGACUGGAGAUGCAAUGAAAGGGGCUACGUGGCGUUCCGGAACUUCAUUCGGAGGCCUAGGAACUGGGACAAGGAUAGUCUCCGGACUCCGAGCCUGCAGACCACUCCGGGAAACAGCGGGCGAUGGAUUCAACCUCCGAGUCCGCGUGCACUUUUAUACGAGGUCGAGAGCUGGACUCCUGGCAGGGAUUUGCAUAGUCCCAGUAUACUUUCAUCUCGUAGAAGUUUUAGCUCGACUACUAGUGAUACUGAUCGUCCACGUCGACGGGGUGAACAGCCUGCGUACUCGUUUGUAGGAAUGCAAUGCAUCUUCGACCAGUGCAGAGCCUCUGUUACUGUUUUGAAGUUUGGGCACAUGAGCUCAGAUCUGCUUGCGUAUGGAGCAUCAGAUGGAACCUUGACUGUAUGCACCGUCUCUGAUCCUCCUUCAAUUCUCAAGCAUCUGAACGGUCACUCCAAAGAUGUUACAGACUUUGAUUUCUCGUCAAACAAUCAGUACAUUGCAUCCUCAUCAAUGGAUAAAACUGUGAGAGUAUGGGAGAUUUCAAAAGGUGUAUGCAUACGAGUAAUAUAUGGAGUUUCUCCACAACUGUGUAUUCGUUUCCACCCUGUAAAUAACAACUUCCUUUCAGUUGGCAACGCAGACAAAGAAAUUACGGUUUUCAAUUUCAGUACUGGGAGGAUCAUUCAUAAGAUAUCAUUCGACAGUCAGGUUACCGCUAUGGACCAUGCUCACACUGGACAGAUCAUUUUCUGUGGAGAUGGGACGGGGUGUGUAUAUUCUGUCAGUAUGAAUUCUCACACUGGAGUAUUAUCCCGCUCUCAUCGGCAUCGAAGUAACAGCAGACAGAAAUCUCCAAUCACAACUGUGGAGUACCGAAGUUUUUCUCUGCUAGCUCGUGGCCCUGUGUUGCUGACAUGUACUCAAGAUGGAAGUUUGUCAUUCUUUAGUGUUGCGCUGGAAAUACAAGGCUAUUUGACUCUUCGUUGCUCACUCAAAUUAACUCCACGAAUAUACAAUAUCCGGGCUUCUUUUUGUCCUCUGCUUUCCCUUGAAAAAGGAGAGUAUAUAGUUGCCGGAAGUGAAGAUUCAAAUGUAUACUUCUACGACUUAACUCGGCCAAAGCAUACAUGUGUAAACAAGUUACAGGGUCAUCGAUUUCCUGUUAUUGGGGUUGCUUGGAACCAUGGAGAGAAUUUAUUAGCAUCAUCUGAUUUCUAUGGUACGGUUAUUGUAUGGAAGAGAUCAAAGGCAGGUUAAAACAAACAUAUACAGAGAUACAAGUUUCACGUCAUACAGGCUCUUUGCUUAAUUCUCUCAUUUUUUUGCACAAAAUAUGUUCAUUGCCCCAAAGUCCAUGUAUCAGCAAGAUAAAGGAGAUAUAGUGACAUUUGUACUAGUGGUGUAUUCUUUCACCAAUUUAUUAAAGGAAGAUUAGAUGAAUGGAUUCUG